UUACAACACCUUUCGAUGCUAAAAUAACAAAACACCGACGAUGCACAUUUUUUUGAAGCACCGUGAGCGCCGAUGCCAGAUGUUAGCAUCGGUGCUGCGCCUCUUCUGGAACUGAUGGGGGCAGUAUUCUGGACUGUUCCAGCCGACGUUUACAUUCAGAAAACCAAGAUGGAAACUGCAGCUGCAGAGAUCGCCCCACCUCGACUCGUUGAAAAGAAAGGCACAAAAAGUUGUGUUUGGAAGUAUUUUGCGUUUGAGGCAGAUGACAGUGGGGUUAUAAUUAAUCCGAAGAAGCCACUUUGUAAAACAUGCUACCGUGGUCUUCAGACCAAGGGAGGUAAUACUUCCAAUUUAGCCAAACACCUGAAAGACCGUCAUCCGGAUUUGUUCAAAGAAUUCAAGUUUCAGCCAGAGGAUGACGUCCAGGAGACAACUCAGCCAACUCGAAGUCAGCAAUCACAGCCAACCAUAACCGAGGCUCUAGGGAAGCACACAAAAUGAGAGAAAUUCAAAUGAGGCCAGGAGAUUGGAUAGAAGUGUAGCAGAGUUCAUAUGUAUCGACCAAAUCCCUGUCUACAUUGUUGAAAAAAACGGAUUUCAGCAAAUGCUCCAUAAAUUCAAUCCCAGAUAUCAACUUCCAAGUAGAAAUUAUUUCAUGUACACAGAAAUACCAAAAAUCUACAGUGAAACAAGGGACCUGAUCACACAAUAUCUCAAAGAAAAGCCAUUCUAUGCAUGCACAACUGACCUGUGGACAAGCAGAGCUGCAGACACGUUCAUGUCCAUUACCAUGCAAUACAUAACACAGUCAUGGGAGUUGCACUCCUGGUGUUUAGGCUGUAGUGGCCUGAACUCAGACCACACAGGUGACAGUUUGAGGGAGGCAUUUGACAAAGUAGUUACUGAGGAGUGGAAGUUGGACAUUGCAAAACUAGCAGGCAUCACAACAGACAAUGCAUCCAACAACCAAAAGGCUUUUAAAGAUGACUACACAUGGAUCCCUUGUUUUGGCCACAACUUGCACCUGGCCGUUAACAAAGCCAUCAACAUCGACAGGGUAUCUACAGCCCUGUCAAGGCUGCGCAGAACCAUAUCUGCCUUCACCAGGUCAUCAAAGCUGUCGCGACAACUCAAAACAAAACAAAAACAGAACACAAUUUGAUACAUGAUGCACCCACCCGUUGGAAUUCCUCUUAUGAUAUGGUGGAGAGAUUUGUGGAGCAGCAGCAAGCUCUGUGUGCAGUCCUGGCAGAGGACAGAAAAAAAUUGCACCUGAUGCCAAAAGACAAUGACAUCACAAUCCUAGAAACACUGAAAGAAGUCCUUGAGCCACUGAGUCCUUUUACAGAUGCACUCAGUGGUGAGAAGCACACUACUCUCUCCUCUGUCUUACCGCUGUUAUGGAAGAUGCUCUCUUGUCUCAGGGAUAAGGAGGAUGACACUCUACUUACUAGAGAGAUGAAGAGCUUAGUAAGGGAAAGCCUCAACCAACGUUAUGAGAAUAGGGAGGUGCAGCUUCUGCUAAACACUGCCACCUACCUAGAUCCGAGAUUUAAGGCCAGUUUUGUUGCUCUGGAGGAUGACGUGAAGCAAAGUCUCUUGGAGCAAGUGGGGAAUACCGAUGAUGGAGCUGGUACAUCUGAAACCACCAUGGCAACAGGAGCAGAGGCCUUGAGCCAAAGCAGGCCAUCUAAAAAGUCAAAGACUGAUUUGAAGCAUCUGCUUUCAGCAAUUCAAGGCGAGAACAAGGGCAGUGAUGUCACAUCAUCUCAAGCAGGGCUCUCCACACAAGAUAAGUUAAAUGGAGAGUUCCUGGUAUAUAGCAAAAUGCCAGAACUGAGCGCAGACGAAGAUCCCCUCAUCUGGUGGAAAAUGAAUGGAGGCCCAAUACCUCAACUUGCAGAAUUUGCAAGGAGGUAUCUCUGCAUUGCAGCUUCAAGCUGUGCUUCCGAAAGGGUCUUCAGUGUCUCAGGAAUCAUUGUCAGUCCAAGACGUUCCCGACUUACCCAAGACAAUGUUAACAUGUUAGUUUUCCUCAGUAAAAACCUUGAACUAGCCAAGAAAAGUUGUGAAAUGCUGUGAAAAAUUAUGCAAUUUUGCCAAAACUCAUGUUCAUCUUGUUAGCUGAAUGGCUUAAUUGCACUUUAUUAUGUUGUGCUAUGCUCUAUUGCCCUUGUUUUGUAUGUCUUAUGACAUU